UGGAAACUCCAUCUUCUUUGGUAAACGUAUUUAACGUCUCUUCAACUGUCCUAUAAGCUUCCUUAUAUACGAUCCAGCAGUUUCUUAAUAUGAUAACUACUACAUUGUUUAGAUAAAUCCUAAUAGUGUUGAGAUAAUGAUGUAAGUCCGUAUUGGAUUAGGACGUUCUCGGUUGUAUAUAUACAGGCUAUUGGCCAUACUCAAUAACGCACAGAAAAUAUUACAAACUAUUAUAUGGUAUCAGAGCAUAAGAUUCUUUGACCUAAUUUUUUCGUUGUUUGACGAACCGUGUUUUUAAACAUGGCUGAAACUACUUCUACUUCUGAUGUAAUCUCUUCCCCCCCCCCCCCUACUACAGCUAUUACUAACUCGAACUCCUCCCCAUACUACCUCCAUCCAUCCGAUAAUCCUGGUGCUCUCAUCGCUUCCGUCUUGUUGCGUGGUGAUAACUAUUCUGAAUGGGCUACGGAGCUCUCUAAUUCUAUCCAAGCCAAACAGAAGUUUGGAUUUCUCAAUGGAUCAUUACCAAAACCGACGACAGACCCGGAUCUUUCGAGAUGGCUGGCUACUAACUUUAUGCUCGUGGGUUGGAUACGUACGUCUAUUGAUCCUAAGAUACGUUCUACUGUCACCUUUGUUCCCGAGGCUCAGAAGCUCUGGGAAACUCUCCAGAGAAGGUUCUCUGUUCGUAAUGGUGUUCGGAUUCAUCAACUCCGUGAUGCGAUUGGAUCGUGUCAACAAAACAGCCAGACGGUUAUUGAUUACUAUGGACGACUUACAAAGUUAUGGGAAGAGCUUGACAAUCUCAAAACAACUUGUUCAUGCACGUGCGAAGCUUCAACUGAUAUAGAAAAAGAACGUGAGGAUAUUCGAGUACACAGUUUUUGUUUGGACUCGACGAGUCUCGCUUCCGCAACAUAUGCUCUCAGAUCAUUGAUGAAGAUCCUCUUCCAGAUCUAAAUAAUGUCUACUCACGUGUGGUCCGCGAAGAACAACACAACAACACGGCGCGCACUACAGAGCUUAAAACAGAGACCGUGGGGUUCUCUGUCCAAAACAUAUCUUCUACAAAAGAAACAAGUCCAGCGGCUACAACAAUUUCUUCUCGUUCUCGUGAUCCUAAUAUAUUCUGUACUCAUUGUUCUCGAAAAGGACAUGAGAAUUCAGAAUGUUUUCUGCUGCAUGGAUAUCCAGACUGGUGGUAUGAGCAACAAAAAUCAACUGGCUCGUCUGGAUCGGGACAGCGAGGACGUGGUGGUCGUUUUUCUACUGGAAGACGUGGUCGUGGUCGUACCAAUUCUACACGAGCUGUGACUAACAAUACCACAUCUUCAACUUCAAUAAGUGACGAUCAAAUCUCUCAAAUAAUUCAGCUACUCCAAUCUACUCAACAACGGUCUAACAUCUCAACUGAAAAUUUGGCUGGUAAAGCAAAGUUUCUUGAUGUGAUUAUAGAUACAGGCGCUUCACAUCAUAUGACCGGCAAUUUAUCAUUGCUAUGCAAUGUCACUGAUAUUCUACCUUCGACAAUCAAGUUCCCUGAUGGACGUUAUUCUAAAGCUCAGAAAAAGGCACUAUUAAGCUUAGCCAAGAUUAUUACUUGACUGAUGUUCUAUAUGUUCCUGAUUUCAACUGCAGCUUGAUUUCAGUUUCUCGCCUUCUUAAACAAACUGGUUGCAUAGCUAUAUUUACAGAUACUUUGUGUGUGUUGCAGGACCGUUUUACGAAGACCCUGAUUGGAACGGGUGAAGAACGAGAGGGGGUUUAUUAUUUCACGGGAGUCAGAGCUGCAAGUGUUCAUCGUGCUACGGUUAAGAAUUCAUCUACUUCAGAGCUGUGGCACCGGCGACUUGGACAUCCCUCAUUUAGGGUUUUAUCUUCUUUACCGUUUUUAGACAAACUUGGUUUUGAUUCUGAUCAAGCAAACUCGUGUGAGAUCUGUUUUAGAGCCAAGCAGACUCGUUGUGUUUUUCAAAAUAGUUCUAAUAAAGCUUCUUCUGCAUUAUCUUUGAUACACUGUGAUGUAUGGGGUCCUUAUCAAACCUCUUCGUCAUGUGGAGCUAAAUACUUUCUAACUAUUGUCGAUGACUACUCUAGAGCGGUGUGGAUUUAUUUAAUGUUAGAGAAGUCCGAAGUUUCAGACCUCCUAAAGCAAUUCUUUGCUCUCUGUGAACGCCAAUUUGGGAAACGAGUUCAAAAGAUACGAACUGAUAAUGGUUCAGAGUUCUUAGUACUUCGGAAAUACUUCAAGGACAAUGGUAUUGAACAUCAAACUUCUUGUGUUGACACACCACAACAGAACAGACGCGUUGAGAGGAAACAUCGACACAUCCUUAACAUUGCUCGCGCGUGUCUGCUCCAAGCUCGCCUUCCUCCAUCGUUUUGGGGCGAAAGUAUACUCACAGCAGCUCAUCUAAUCAAUCACACACCAUCGCAAGUUCUCCAUGGAAAAACACCUUACGAGCUCCUCUUCAAUAAGAAGCCUGACUUCGAUCAACUACGAGUCUUUGGAUGCUUGUGCUUUGCACAUCGCCGGUCCAGAGAUAAGGAUAAGUUUGGUGAUCGCAGUCGAAAAUGCAUAUUUGUGGGUUACCCCUAUGGCAAGAAAGCAUGGCAACUCUAUGAUCUCACUACAAAAGAUUUUUUUUCGAGCAGGGAUGUUGUUUUUUCUGAAUCAAAGUUCCCUGGUGUUGAUUCAGAGGAUUAUGUUAGCCCUCCUACUAAUUACUACGAUAAUACUAUUGAAGAUUGGCUCUUACCAGCUCCUCAAUCCAGGGGGAGUUCACCACACACACAAUCUGAUUUACCUACCGCUACUUCACUUGAUAAUAAUACCAACAACGAUCCUACUACCACUACUACUGAUCAGAAUACGGCGAUACAGACUGAGCAGAUUGAUAUUAGUACUCCUGCUCCCAUGGCUCAGUCAUCUCCAUCCUCACCUAUUGAUACUAACACUACCGAGGAGCAAAUACACACUGAACCAACUUCACCUCCGGCUCCAUUGGAACCAACUGAAACAGCGUCUCCUACUACUCCUAGCUUACCUGAGAUUCUUGGUCGCGGGUUACGACGUAAGACAACAUCAGUACUUCUCAAGGACUAUAUGACUUACUCUGCUCUCACGACUAAUGAACCCUCUCACGAUCUCGCUCUUACUGAUCAUGGUCCUCUGCAAACGGUCUCAGGUAACACUCCUUACCCUAUCUCUAGCUAUGUUUCUAACCAUGCGUUUUCAGAUUCCCACAAAGUGUAUCUCGCGGCCAUCACCAACAACGAAGUUCCUCGGUCUUUCAAAGAAGCUGUUAAGCAUAAGAUAUGGAAUGAGGCGAUGGGUAAGGAGGUUGAUGCUUUUGACGCUGCCAAUACAUGGGAAAUAGCAACACUUCCUCCAGGAAGGAAAGCUCUAGGGAACAUGUGGCUUUACUCGUACAAGUACCGUGCUGAUGGCACAAUCAAAUCGAGCGACCUAAAGCUCGGCUUGUGGUUCUUGGUAACAAUCAAACGGAGGGAGAAGAUUUCACGGAGACGUUUGCUCCUGUGGCAAAGCUUUCUACAGUCCGUAUUAUACUUAAACUAGCUGCUGCGAAGGGUUGGUUGGUACAUCAGAUGGAUGUCCAGAACGCCUUCCUGCAUGGAGAUCUUGAAGAGGAAAUUUAUAUGAAGUUGCCGCAAGGGUUUACCGGCUCCGAUCCUACUAAAGUAUGUCGCUUAAAGAAGUCUCUGCAUGGGUUGCGACAAUCUCCACGAUGCUGGUACGCCAAACUGGCUGAGGUUCUCACUAAGUUUGGUUUCUCACAUGAUUAUGCUGAUCAUUCUCUGUUUUCCAAAAUUCGUGGGUCGAUAUGUCUCCAUAUUCUAGUCUAUGUUGAUGACUUCAUUAUAGCUUGCAAUGAUGCUACUGCCUUACAAGAAUUUCAAGACUAUCUAGGCAAGUGUUUUCGGAUGAAGGACCUUGGAAAAUUAAAAUACUUCUUGGGCAUUGAAGUUUCUCGGAAUGACUCUGGCUUCUACCUCUCUCAGCGCAAAUACCCGCUAGAUAUUAUCUCCGAGGCUGGUCUAUUAGGCGCCAAGCCAUGCUACGUUCCGUUGGAACUUAACCAAAAACUCCUUGAAGCUGAGGGACCACCUGCAAAUGCACAACAGUAUCGUCGACUUGUAGGACGCCUGAUUUACCUAACUACUACGCGACCAGACCUUGGAUAUGUGGUACAUAUUCUUUCCACAUUCAUGCAGAAGCCUUUGUUACCUCAUUGGGAGGCAGCUCUUCGAGUUGUUCGUUACCUUAAAGGUUCUCCAGGACAAGGUAUUUUGCUCAAAGCCAAUGACUCAUUGCAGAUAAGCGCAUAUUGUGACUUUGAUUGGUCGUCAUGCCCCGUCUCUCGCCGCUCUCUCAGUGCAUAUAUUAUUUUCGUUGGUGACUCUCCUGUCAUUUGGCGUGCCAAGAAGCAAGAUGCCGUCUCAUUAUCUUCUGCAGAAGCGGAAUAUCGUGCGAUGUCAGUCACGGUUAAGGAGCUCAAAUGGCUUAAAGAACUCUACGACUCAUUUACUCUAUCGCAUCCUCUCCCAAUGCGUCUUUACUGUGACAGUAAGUCUGCCAUUCAUAUUGCCUCCAAUCCAGUAUUCCACGAGUGUACUAAACAUAUCGAGAGAGAUUGUCAUCAUGUUCGCGAUGCAUACAAGUCUAAGCUCAUAUCUCUUGAGCAUGUUUCUUCCAAGAAUCAACUCGCGGACAUGCUUACCAAGUCACUCCCUCGCCCACUGUUUGAAGAUCUUUUGUCCAAGUUGGGUGUGCGAAACCUUACACUUCCAACUUGAGGGGGAGUAAUAUGAUAACUACUAUAUUGUUUAGAUAAAUCCUAAUAGUGUUGAGAUAAUGAUGUAAGUCCGUAUUGGAUUAGGACGUUCUCGGUUGUAUAUAUACAGGCUAUUGGCCAUACUCAAUAACGCACAGAAAAUAUUACAAACUAUUAUAUUUCUCGAACAUCUUUGACUUUUGAUAGAUCAUCAGCAGCCUUGACGCUGGAAAUGUCCCUCUACCAGAUGAGAGAAUUCUUCACGCCAGACGAGGCAGUCACCGUUGUACCGAUUCCUUUCCAAAGAUGAGAACCGGAAAACGUCAUAAUUAUACGGCAGAAGGUCAUUGUCGCAAUUGAUCUUUGGUAUAUUCUCUUGCUUUAUGAACACUAAACACCCUUAGAUGCGAAGAUAUGCAAAAAAGUUCAAAAAAGGUCAUUGUCGCGAUUGUUAAACCCUAAAUCUUCAUAAACCUAAGACUUCGUUGGCCCUAACAAGAAUAACAAUCUUUGUAUCUCUCUAAUCCUACUAUAUAAAAGGAACUAUAUUCAAGCCUUCUUAGACUGUCCACAUAGGAUGAAAUAUUCCCAACCAAUCAUUUGUCCAUGUCAUCAAGAAUUUUUGGGCCAUGAAUCUGUGUUUUCAUUUGGGCUGUGUUUACAUUUAUUAAACUACUCGAGUUCAACUCAUCUCACCAUUUAUGAAGCGUGACUCUUCCCCGACUCUUCCUCUUCGUCACUACUGAUUAACUUCCUAAUUGAAACUCUGCAGAAACAGUUACAUUUACGGACAUGAAAUCCACUGGAUACUCUCUCCUCUCCACCGGCAAGUCUUCCGUCGCUGUUUCUCUCUCCAAUUGAAAAUGAUGGGCUCAAAGAAGGACGAGGAGGACCAUCUUAAAAGAAGGAGGAGAUGAAGAAUCUACUCCUCCGUGAUGAUGACAACCCGAAAAAUAGAAAAGAAAACAUUUCGAUCCAACUUCUUUUGGUAUGUUUUCUACUGUUUCAUAUUAUCAAAUUUCAGUUAAGUUUCAAAUUUUGUGUUAGAUUGUGGUGACAAAAUAUGAUUUCGGGUUUUGAACCUAUCCUCCAAAAUAAGUUAAGAGGCUACACAAUGGGUUAUAAAGUUUCUGAUUUUAGCAUUGGCCAUUUUAAUUAUGUCGUCAUAGCUUACAAGUUCUAACCAUUUUUUGUCUUCUCAGUUUUCAAGAUCAUUGACUUGGAUGGAUAUGGACCUCCACCUAGGCGUUUCCAACCAAACACUCGAGCAAGUUGAGUGAUGAAGAGCUUACCUACUUACAAAAACAUUUUUCUCAAGCUUUACCAUUUCAUUUCAUCCUUGGUACUUUGCAUUACCUAUUUUUUACCCAGCUUCCUCGCCACUUUGUGUGUCUUCUCCAGAGGGGGACCUACUCAGACUAAUAGGGUGUCACAUGACACACCUUAAAUAUGAUAAAUAUUAAAUUGUAGGUAGAAACAUUGAAAAUUCUCUAGCAUUUUUCGUUUAAAUUGCACUUUGACACCCCUAAAACUUGGGUUCAACUCCCUCUGACACCAAACAUUUUUCACAAUUUUUUUUUUGGUUACAUGUUUGACCCAGGUUAAAGUGAAUCCUGGGUCCGCCACUGGUCUUCUCUAUAGUUAAGCUUCAGGGAGAGUUGUGCAUAAGCAUCUUGAAGAAUUCAUGAGAGAGUGAGGUAACUUGCUCAAACGAGUUCUUUUCACAAAAAUAAAUCAGUUCAUGAGUAGGUUUAUAGAAUGGGAAGGGAUAAGAUCAUGAAAUGGUUUAUACAAGUUGCAAUAUUUUAAUAUUUGUGUUUAAAUUUCUGCCUUUUGAUUUGCUGAUACUAAUCUUUGUUCUCUUUACUUUGGUAUUAACUAAGUUAUGAUUCUUCUGCAUUUGGCCUGAGGUUUUCUUCCUCCAGCUCCUAAGUUCCUAACAGUCUUUUCCUUUUUCCUUAAUAUGUAAAGGGAGGAAUAAUGAGCUAGCUUCUGCCAUCGUGAAACUGUGGAAGAAAUGUGUUACUGCAAUCAAUUAAUUACUGUUUAUUGUCUUUAUAGUUUGUUACGCAUGUAAAUACAGAACGGCAAGAUAUCAAAUCUCUUAAAUUUCUUUCAAAGAUAUCAAAUCUCUUGACAUUCUUUCGUACAUGUUUAAUUUUGUCACUCUUUCUUUACAAGGAGCUUCGAGAUCACAUAAGCUCCAAUGUCACAAGUGGAAGCUUAGAAACGUUUCUUUGAGCUGAUCGAGGUAAUUAUAUCACAUGCAUAGCUGCUAAAAAUAACCUUUGUCUACUUUCUAACCAAAAAGAGAAUCAGUCCUAUUAUAUUUGAUGUUGUUUUGUUUAUAUGCCCCAUAUCCAAAGCUCCUUGCAAAUACAAAUUAAAAACAGGAUGGUACCUACAGAUGAUGUUGGAGAAACAACAGAAGUUACAAGAGACCCAGGAGCUUUUCCUCAGUGACAUCGCCAAAGGUCACAUUUGCCGCAUCCGAAUUUGGUUUCAAGACAAACUGUGAACCAAACUGAAUCUGCUUUGGUAUCAAUGAAACUAAGUCCAUUCAAUUAUUAUUUUUCAAUUCAGGUACAAUUAAGCAAAUAUUUUAUGUUGGAAAAAUGAAGAUACAUAGGUAUAACAGUCCAUAAAAAGAGAACAAAGCAAAGAAGCUAGGGUUUUUUUUAUUUGUGUGUAUACUUAGAAGUAAUAUAGAUCUCAAAGGUUAAGAAUGUGUGGAAGUUCAGUUAGACAAACUUUUGUCUAAACCGAGAAGAAACGACUACAAAAACAAGCCAGCACACAAAACCAGAGAAUAUUAGUACAUUAACAUUUAAGGUUGAUUUUGUUUGGCUAAACAUGUUUAGUGGGAAUUAUUUUAGAUGGUUUGUUAAAACGCAGAGAUUCAACAAUACCAUUUGUGUUAUAAGAAAAUUGUCUUUUCUUUGCUUCGAAGCUCAUGCAACACAACUGAAGUAGUGAAGAUGAGCACCAACGCUACUAAAACUUUAUAUCUAUUAUUAAUAUUUAAAUAAGUCACUCUUUUGUUUAGCUUAUUAUGAUAUUUAUAUUUUAUCUUAUAAAUAAUAUUAGAUUCAUAUAAUAUACUAGCUAAUUUUCAGUUUAUAAAGUAACUACACUACAAUGAUUACUUUAAACAAUAUUAUGUUAUUUUAAUUAGACAUGUGAUUUGCAUAUAAAGUAUAUGGUCGGUUUGGUUAUUAUUAAGGUAUGUUAGAUUAUAUAUAUUUUUUUGAAUUCAACCAUAAUAUUCUUAUUUUUAUAAAUUUGAUUAUUUUUGUUAAUGCAUUUAGUUUAGUUAUAUAUUUUGUCUUAGAUUUGUAAAUUUGAUAGAAUUAUAUAUGAUUUGAUAUAUUUUGUAUUGAGAAUUGAAUAUAAAAAUUAAAGUAUUGAUCAAUUUAAAAUUUAUAAUCUCGUGCUUAUAUAUAAAUUUUCAAAAUUAUUAAAUCAUAAAAAUUUAAUUAAAAGUUCACUUUCAUUUAUCAAUGUAUCUUGAGUCAUUUCUUAAUUUAUAUGUAUAAAAUAAAAAAUAUUAUAAAGUUAAUUUUUUAUUUUUUAUAAGAAUCUAGAUUGAUUCGGUUAUUCAUGUUCAGAUAUAUUGAAAUACAUAUCUCUCUAAACGGAAUUAAAAUAUUUCUGAUAAUAAUUCGACCAAAUCAGAUUAGUUUUAUUCAUUGCAUUUAGUUAAGAAAUUUAUCUAAGAUAUGAAUCUAUCUUUUCAUACAAAAAAUUGAAAAUCAUAAUUUUACUGAUCUUUUUAAUUGAUAUAUUUUGAAAAAAAAAUAUAAGAAAAAUGUAUGUUUUUUUUUGAAAAUUAGUAUGCAAAAUAAAUAAGUAUAUCCAAAAAAAUACUUACAUAAUUUAAAAAAUCAAAUAAUUAUUAUUUUAGUUUACAAAAUAAAUAUUUUAAUAGACAUAUUUAAGUAUAAGAUGCUAUAUUUUCAAAACAAUGUUAUAAAUUCAUUAAGCUUUAGAUAGUUUUAGAACUAAUUAACAAUAAACCAAAUAAUAAACCCAAAAAUACUAUGUUAAUUAUUUUGCUUCUACAAAGCACACAUCUCACAACAUAAAGUUAUCUUCGCCACAAGCUAAUCAAAAAUUAUGAAAAUUAAAGCAUAUAAGUUUUCAACCUUAAACAAUAUCUUCUAACUCCUUUCAUUAAUCACUGAUCAAAGAAGGGAGAGGCAAGUGCAGACCAGACCUAUAUUAGAAACUACAGGACGAUGGUGUUUUAUAGAUGGUUCGUGGAAAGAGAAGGAACUAUUUUCGGGACAAGGAUGGUAUAGUACCUUACCGGGUUUUGAUGGUUUGUUGGGAGCAAGGAAUGUAAGGGCGUGUCUAUCACCUCUUCACUCGGAGGUGGAGGCGUUGAUUUGGGCAAUGGAAUGUAUGAAGAACUUACGACAGUUUCAGGUUACGUUUGCAACGGAUUGUUCUCAAUUGGUGAAGAUGGUUUCGGAACCAGAAGAAUGGCCAGCAUUUGAAAGCUACCUGGAAGAUAUCAAGCUUUUACAAAGAAGCUUCAUCAACUCAGACGUCAUCCAUGUACCCCGAACGGAGAAGCUAAGGGCGGAUAGCUUGGCACGUAGUGCUAGGAAACAACCGUCUUUCGUCGUUCAUAUGGAUGCAGAGUUGUCGAUUUGGUUUACAGAGUCAAUAUGAAUCUGUGAAUGUCUUGCUGUCAAAAAAAAAAAAAAACUCCUUUCAUUAAUACUAGGGAAAUUAAUAUCCUCUUCUAUUUAAGAGCUCCAAUGGAGGUUCUACCCACUAUAGUUCUAAACUUGCCAUAAAUGUAUAUCUAUAUAUUGUAUAUGUGUAUGUAAUUAUGGGAUCCAUUAUUUUGUGGAGAACCCCUCCAAAAUCUUUUAAAUUUUUUAAAGGAAUCUGAUUUUACUUCAACAAGAAGAUGGCUAAUGCUUCAUACAAAUUUGUAAAGAUAAAACCAGAAAUAAAAACAAUGGAACCAAAGUCUACGCCACCACAAACCUACCACUUGAUUUAACAAAGCCAAUGUUUUCGGCAUAAUUUCUUUCACUAGCCUAUGUUUUUUAUAUUUUGACAUCAUGUAUUGAUAUUAUUCUUUGCUUAACAAAAAUUCUAUAAUAAUUUUUACUUUUAUGCUACACCAAGUAGAACCACUAACCAUCUCUGAUCAAUUAUAUAAUUUAUUUCUCACUCAACCCUAUUCAAAAUGAGCAAUACUAAGUUUACUCUACCAUUAUGUGCAGAUUGGUACUUAUAUACAUCAAUUUAGCGUUACAAAUAAAAUUUACGCCCAUAUCAUCAACAAAACAUUAACAAAAUGGAACCCAAAAUCUUAUCGUACUUUUCAAGCACAAAGUUUGUAGGUUUUCUGAUACAAAAUGAUAAAACUAUCAAUAACACAUAUUCAUAUUUAUCUAAACAGAAAAAAAUAUAAAUACAUAAUCCGCGCGUAGCGCGGACACGAACCUAGUAUUAUAUAAGAACGUCACAUUCAUACUUGUUGAGCUUACUCUAAUUCUCAGACUUUAGAAUUUUUAUUUUUUUAAUUAUAGUUUAGGUUUGUAGACGGUUUUAAGGCCAUCAUUAUCCCUGAAACCGUGAAAGUGUUUUAAAAAAAUUAUUCUUUGUUUGAAAAAAAUAAUUAAAUUAAAAAGUACAUCAAUAGCGGACCGCCACAUGUCGGUGGGACCUGCGAAUAGUACAAAAAACCAUACAAAUUCAGUUUUUAUUUUGGGCUUUCUAAAACCGAUUCUUCACAUUUUGGUGGGACCCCUCAUUAAACCCCACAUGUAAUUGUUAUUAUCAAAAAAAUAUUUUAUUUUUAUUUUUGGUUUAUAUUUAUAUUAUUUUAAAAUAAUAUAUAUGAUAAAAGAAACAUUUAUUAAAAAAUAUAAUAUUAAAAUGAAAAUAUAAGAAAUUUGGGUCUAAUUGCAAAGACUUGAUAGUUAUGCUACUUGAACUUUAGGCAUGACCAACUUUCUCAAUGGAGUUGAAAAAAUAAAAGAACUGAAGAGGAGAUUCUUAGAUGUCAUGGUAUCCUAAAUUCUUCGGAGACAGUUAGAACUGUUCAACCAGGUCUUUUGUUUUAUUGGUUAUUCUAUUCUGAUAUGAUUAUCCAAACCAUUUUAAACUUGAAUAAUAGAAUGGUCAUUUGUGGUUAAUUUUCUUUUACUUUGCUUUAAAAAUCGUUUUUAAGAAUAUAAAAUUAAAAUCAUUCAGUGAAAAUUAUUUAAAAAAACUAUAAAAUAUAGUUGAUUAAACAGAUUUCAAUAAAGAUAUUAAUAUAAAGUGAUAAAACAUCUUACAUUUUGAAAUAAUAAAAAUAUUUUAAAGUAUCAUACAUUCUGAAACAGAGGGAAUCCAUGUUAAUUGGAUAGAAAUCAAUACUAUUUAAAUAAUUUAGCAAAUACAUGAUAUGUUUAACAUCUUUUCAAAAAAAAAAUUUGUUAUUUUAAUUAGUAUAUAUAAGAGAAUGAUUAAGAUACAAAUAUACAAUUUAAUUUUUUUGUCAGCUAUACACAACUUACUUUUCAAAGACAUUUAAUUUUUUCGAAAUUUUUACUAGUAAAAUGUUAUAUGCUCAAUUUUAAAAACGAGUCAUGAUAAUGGAAACCCUGGAAAAAAGGGAAAAAUAUACAGAAAGUCAAAGAAUGUGUCUGUCUGGUAAUGAAGAAAGGAUCUAACUAGCAACAAAAGGAAAAAGACAAGUCAGCCUACUAAGAAUCUUCUUGAUAUCAAUCACACACAAGAAAGAAAAAACAAACAAACAAAAAAUCUCAAACGCGGUUUCUUGAUUACUGGAGGCUAAAUCGAAUGCUCAAAACUUUCUUCUUCUUCUUCUCAUGGUCUUUCAAGAUUAGUCAACCGUAUCAAAUGGAGAAUCGUAAAGGAGGAAACUCGACCGUACCGAGCUCCGAAGCUUUGAAGACGACGCUUCACAGCGCGAUCCAAGCUUUAGGUCGUGGUUUCGAUGUCACAUCCGAUGUUCGUCUUCUGUACUGCAAAGGAGCUCCUGGUUCAAGACUUGUUCGUAUCGAACAAGGACAAAACAGAGAUCUUGAGUUGACCGAUGGGUUUCUUCUUCCUAAUGUCCCCGCUGAUAUCGAGUGCUCACUAGGCGAACCUUACAUAGAUAGAAUCUCUGUUUGCAGCUUCCACCAGAUGGCAGCAAACUUUAAUGAGAGGUCAGGUGUAAAAGGGAACAUACCACUAGGAUGCUUUAACGCCAUGUUCAAUUAUACCGGUUCUUGGCAAGUAGAUGCAGCUUCCACAAAGUCUCUUGCACUUGUUGGCUACGUUAUUCCUCUUUAUGAAGUCAAACUGGCUAAGCUUACUUUGUUUUUGCGCAACGACAUCAAACAAGCCGUUCCUUCCUCAUGGGAUCCUGCUUCCUUAGCUAGCUUUAUCGAAAACUAUGGGACUCAUAUUGUAACGUCGGUUACAAUUGGUGGAAGAGACAUGGUUUACAUCAGACAGCAUCAGACUUCUCCUUUACCAGUAUCUGAAAUCGAGAACUAUGUCAACAACAUGGAGGAACACAGGUUUCACAAAGCAGAGACUCAAUCUAUUACUACCGAACCCUUAAAACACAAAGACAAGGAUAUUACAGUAAUCUUUAGGCGAAGAGGAGGUGACGAUCUUGAGCAAAGCCAUGCUCGUUGGGCUGAGACAAUAUCCGCAGCUCCAGAUAUUAUUAACAUGACUUUUACUCCUAUAGUCGCUCUCCUCGAAGGUGUGCCUGGUCUACGGCAUUUAACUCGUGCUAUCGAACUUUACUUGGAGUAUAAGCCUCCUAUGGAAGAUUUACAAUACUUCUUGGACUUCCAAAUAGCUAGAGCAUGGGCUCCUGAACAGAGCAACCUCCAACGCAAAGAGCCUGUGUGUAAAUCUCUUCACUUCAGCUUAAUGGGUCCAAAACUAUUCAUCAGCGCUGAUCAAGUAACGGUUGGGCGUAAACCGGUUACGGGUCUCAGGCUAAGCUUAGAAGGAAGCAAACAAAACCGUCUCUCUAUCCAUCUACAACACUUGGUGUCUCUCCCCAAGAUCUUGCAGCCACAUUGGGACUCUCACGUGCCUAUAGGUGCACCGAAGUGGCAAGGACCGGAGGAACAAGAUAGCCGUUGGUUUGAGCCUAUCAAAUGGAAGAACUUCUCUCACGUAAGCACCUCUCCUAUAGAAUAUACGGAGACACACAUAGGCGAUCUCUCUGGCGUUCAUAUUGUCACCGGAGCUCAGCUUGGUGUUUGGAACUUCGGAACAAAGAGCGUUUUGCAUUUGAAACUACUCUUCUCUAAAGUCCCUGGAUGCACAAUAAGACGGUCUGUUUGGGACCACACACCGGUUGCUUCCUCGGAAAGACUCGAUCCGGGAGGUCCGAGUUCGGCCGAGGAGAAGAGAGAGGACGUGUCGGGGCAAUCAGGGAAGUUGGCUAAGAUUGUUGAUUCAUCAGAGAUGUUGAAAGGACCACAAGAUUUGCCUGGACAUUGGCUUGUCACUGGAGCAAAGCUAGGCGUUGAAAAGGGUAUGAUUGUGUUGCGUGUGAAGUAUUCGUUGCUAAAUUAUUGAGAGGUUUUUAGAUGAGAUCUUGUUUUUCCGGCGGCCGGGAAAAUUUUACCGACAGCAUUCUUUGCACAGCGAAUCUUCUUGUACAUGUUUCAGUUGCUUACAAGAACCGUUCGGUUUGGUUUUGUAUCGGUUGAUUUUAAGUUUUGGUUCGUUUGGUUUUUGUAGAUGAUUUUUAAUUUUAUUAUUAUAAAAUCAAAUAUGUAAAUUAUAGUCGGAUUCAACACAUGGUCGAUGUUUCUCGACACGUUUCUGUAGAA